UAUAGUGAGGGCAUCGUUGUCUCGUCUUUGCUGGCGUCUUGGUAUUUAUGCCUGGAUGAGCCGUCUUCUUUUUUCCUGCGCUAUCGGGAGCUAUGUUAGUCACACUUGGAACUACGAUGUCCGUUAUGUGUAUUUCCGCUCAGAGAGGUAUGACUUGUACAUGCGAAGGGCGCCUAAGUCAUCACUCUAGUAUUGCAGCUUUAUACGGUAAUCAGAAACAUUUUGUAAUCGAUAACCAGCCAAUCAUGUCGGAUUCGGAAUUGACAGCAAGCGUUCUAUAUAACGUGCUUGUAAAGUGUCGAGUGUUAACGCAUAUCUAUGCCCAACAUCUCUACAUAUAGACUAUGCAUAGACUUCAAAUGACGUAAUAGCGCUGAAGCUUUCAAGGUAUAUAUAAAUCUAAUAUCU